AUGUCCUUCAAUAACUUUGACAUCACAGCCAACGAAUUCGAGCACGCCUGCGAAACCGGUGAUGCCGCCUUUAUAGCUGACAUCCUUGACUCCCGCACCAGUCCACGAAUCGACCAGCGCAAGCCGCUCAUGGCUGCUAUACUCAACAACCACGUCGAGAUCGUCAGGCUCCUGCUGAGCCGCGGUGAACCAGACGAGUGUCUUGCUGUCACAGCGGAUGAACGAGCAUUAUCGCUGGAAGCGUCUGAUAUCACUGGCAGCCUGCAGUUUGCGGCGAUGCAUGGAAAGAUAGACGUUGUUGAAGCGUUGCUAAGGAUGGGAAUCGCCGUCAAUUGUGUUGACAGGGCUGGACGGACCGCGCUAGGGUUCGCGGCGAGGGCCGGCAAAAUCGACGUUGUCAGAUUGCUUGUUGAGGCUGGGGCUAGUUUGACCAAAGUCGAUAAGGAGGGGAUGACGGCAUUAGACCAUGCUGCGGCUGCAGUGGAGAUCGAAAUUAUUGACUUUAUAAGGGGGGAGAUGAGAAAGGGCAAGGCAAAGGUCUAG